AAGAAUGUCAACGGCGGAACCUGCACCCGAUCCAACAAAUCCAUCCACGUCAGGAUUAGCUCCGACAACCAAUGGAAUUGGCUCUCCUCCACCUACAGCAUCAGCGGCAACGAAGUUCAGUAUUUUGACAAAGUUCCUACGACGAAAAAAUCAGGUGCAUACGACUACGGCUCAGCAAAACGAGUUUAUGCAGAAAUACAUGCCAAAUGGUAAUUCAAAUGCAGUUCAACCAGCGGCCACCGGUGGUCAGCCGGCAUCUUCCGAUGGCGGUUCAGCUAUUGAAGUACCGCCCCCAAAAGAGAGUUAUGCGGUUCGGAUACGAAAAUACUUGGCAAAUUAUACACAGGAUCCAUCUACAGAUAAUUUUUACUAUUGGACGUGUGUGGUUACUGUAGCAUACAUCUAUAACUUGCUAUUUGUAAUAGCUCGACAAGUAUUCAACGAUCUCAUUGGACCAUCUUCCCAAUCGUUAUGUCGAUUCUACAAUGGUACAUUGAAUAGUACAACACAAGUCGAAUGUACUUACAAUAUGCUUACAAACAUGAAAGAAAUGCCAACAUAUUCACAGUAUCCUGACUUGGGAUGGUCGAAAUAUUGGCAUUUUCGAAUGUUAUGGGUAUUUUUCGAUCUUUUAAUGGAUUGUGUGUACCUGAUUGACACAUUUCUGAAUUAUCGAAUGGGAUACAUGGACCAAGGUCUUGUGGUUCGUGAAGCUGAAAAAGUUACCAAAGCAUAUUGGCAAAGCAAACAAUACAGGAUAGAUGGUAUCAGUCUUAUACCUCUUGAUUAUAUACUUGGAUGGCCUAUCCCUUAUAUAAAUUGGAGAGGAUUACCAAUUCUUCGACUCAAUCGACUAAUCCGAUAUAAAAGAGUUCGGAAUUGUCUGGAAAGAACUGAAACUCGGAGUUCAAUGCCAAAUGCCUUUCGAGUUGUGGUCGUUGUCUGGUAUAUUGUUAUCAUUAUUCAUUGGAAUGCCUGCUUAUACUUUUGGAUUUCUGAAUGGAUUGGAUUAGGGACGGACGCAUGGGUUUAUGGGCAUCUGAAUAAGCAGAGCUUACCCGAUGAUAUAACGGAUACACUUCUCCGUCGAUACGUCUACAGUUUCUAUUGGUCAACCCUAAUUCUGACUACGAUUGGAGAAGUACCGAGCCCCGUUCGAAACAUUGAAUACGCAUUCGUCACUUUAGAUCUUAUGUGCGGUGUCUUGAUUUUUGCUACAAUUGUCGGUAACGUCGGAAGUAUGAUUUCAAACAUGAGUGCAGCAAGAACAGAGUUUCAAAAUAAAAUGGAUGGCAUCAAGCAGUAUAUGGAAUUAAGAAAAGUUAGCAAACAACUGGAAAUCCGAGUCAUCAAAUGGUUUGAUUAUCUCUGGACAAACAAACAGUCGUUGAGUGAUCAACAAGUUCUGAAAGUUCUUCCAGACAAACUUCAAGCUGAAAUUGCAAUGCAAGUGCAUUUUGAGACCUUGAGAAAAGUCAGAAUCUUUCAGGAUUGCGAAGCUGGAUUGUUAGCGGAACUUGUGCUGAAACUUCAACUUCAAGUAUUUUCUCCAGGAGAUUUUAUUUGUAAAAAAGGAGAUAUUGGUCGAGAAAUGUACAUUGUGAAACGUGGUCGUCUGCAAGUAGUUGAUGACGACGGAAAGAAAGUAUUUGUAACAUUACAAGAAGGUUCCGUAUUCGGAGAGCUUAGUAUUCUAAACAUUGCUGGUAGUAAAAACGGAAAUCGUCGAACUGCAAAUGUGCGUUCAGUCGGAUAUACGGAUUUAUUCGUUUUAAGCAAAACAGAUUUAUGGAAUGCAUUGAGAGAAUAUCCGGAUGCACGAAAGCUACUUCUUGCCAAGGGAAGAGAAAUUCUGAAGAAAGAUAAUCUUUUGGAUGAAAAUGCACCGGAAGAGCAAAAAACAGUGGAGGAAAUUGCAGAGCAUCUCAAUAAUGCGGUUAAAGUUUUACAGACAAGAAUGGCUCGGCUCAUCGUGGAGCACUCAAGCACCGAAGGAAAGUUGAUGAAAAGAAUUGAGAUGCUCGAGAAACAUUUAAGCCGAUACAAAGCCCUGGCGCGCCGUCAGAAAACCAUGCACGGUGUCUCAAUCGACGGCGGAGACAUUUCAACUGACGGUGUCGACGAACGAGUUCGUCCACCACGUCUCCGACAAACAAAAACAAUUGAUCUACCAACGGGAACUGAAUCUGAAUCCUUGCUCAAAUAGUUAUAUUUUUUAAUUUUUAACUUGGGUCAUUUUUACAGGAGAUUAAAACCUCGAAAGUAACGCUUAAAUGUCAAAUGCUUUUUAAAAUUAUAGUUAGUUUUUCAAAAAAAAAAACCAAGAAAUUACUUAUGUAUGUAUAUUAUUUUUUAAUUGUGUCCGUAAAAUUUAUCUUUUUCUCUCUCACCUAAAUUUUUAUCUGGUUGAUACCGGUAUUUUCGAAUUUUUUGGUCACUUUCAUACAGCGUUUUAAAUUAAUAUUUUGUUCAACAAAAUCCCUCUGUAUUUAGAAAUCACCUCUGUUUUCCCUAAUAAAUCUGGUAUUU